UACACUAUGAUGACAUGCAUUACCGAAACGAAAAAAAAAAAAAAAACGAAACAGAAAAAGAAAAAUAAAAAUUCCGAGGCUCACCAGAAAACUUUCGAUUCCAUAACCUUUUUCAGUUCCUUUCCCCUCUUCGUUUCUCUUUCUAGGUCAAACCCUCUCUCGCCAUUGAUCGACGCAACAAUCAAUCAUGAACAUCUUCAGGCUCGCCGGCGACAUGACUCAUCUCCUCAGCAUUCUUGUUCUCCUCCUCAAAAUCUACGCCACCAAAUCAUGUUCAGGGAUUUCUCGUAAGACGCAAGAGCUGUACGCAAUCGUGUUCUUGGCACGUUAUUUGGAUCUGUUCACGGAUUUUAUUUCGGUUUACAAUACGUUUAUGAAGGUGGUGUUUAUUGCUAGUUCGUUGGCCAUUGUUUGGUGCAUGCGUGUUCAUCCUAUGGUUAGGAGGAGUUAUGAUAAGGAGAUUGAUACGUUUCGGUAUUAUUUUCUUAUCGCUGCUACCUUUGUUUUGGCUCUUGUGUUGCACGAGAAAUUUACCUUUCAAGAGGUCUUCUGGGCAUUUUCAAUAUACUUGGAGGCAGUUGCAAUACUGCCUCAACUGGUUAUGUUGCAACGCAGUGGGAAUGUUGAUAAUUUGACUGGGCAAUAUGUAUUCUUUCUUGGUGCAUAUCGUGGAUUUUACAUUCUCAACUGGAUAUACCGCUAUUUGACUGAGCCACGUUUCACACGAUGGAUAGCUUGUGUCUCAGGAGUUGUUCAGACAGCUUUGUAUGCUGAUUUCUUCUACUAUUAUUUCAUUAGUUGGAAGAACAAUUCUAAACUAAAGUUGCCUGAAUGAUUUAUCUCAAGAUUGUUUUGAAACUUAAACCCUUGUUAGGCGAGUCCCUGCUGGAUUUUAAGGCGUAUGUUCUAGAGAUAGACAAGAUGAGGCCAGCUCUGCCCUAUUCAUAUGCGGGGUAGAUGUGGGUUUUUUUCUUUCUUUUCGUACAAGGGUAAAUGGGUUUUAAAUUCUGAUGAACAUAACUAUCUCAUAGCAAUGCAAUACUAGGUUAAAAAUGAAAAUGUUACAUGUAAUGAUAUGUUUUAUUUGUAGAUUCAGGUCACCAUUCCAUGGUAUUGUAUAGUUCGAAUUGUAAGGUAGCUGAUUUUGGUUAUGAUUGGAAUGAUCCCGGCUUUUGGGUAUGAUUACACUGUAAAAGUUAUACAAUUUACUUCUCA